GGCUUCAGUGCUUAUUACAGAGGUGGAUUUGAACCCAAAAUGACUAAACGAGAAGCAGCUUUAAUCCUAGGAGUGAGUCCUACAGCCAACAGAAGUAAAAUUAGAGAAGCUCAUAGACGGAUCAUGCUUCUGAAUCAUCCAGAUAAAGGUGGUUCUCCAUAUGUAGCAGCCAAAAUCAAUGAAGCUAAAGAUCUACUUGAAGACCAAGCUAAAAAAUGA